GCGCACGGGGGCGGCAGGCGGGAGGCCGCCAAGAUGGCGGCGGCGGCAGCCGUGGCCGGGCGGGGAGCGCUGAGGGGGCCGCUGGGGACGCCGCCGCCCGUCCUCCGCAGGGGCCUGGCCACGCCGUCGGGCCCGCGGAGCGUCCGCCAGCUGAGGGAGGCCGAGGAGGCCGCCCCCAUCUUCCAGUACGCGGGGAAGUCGGCCAGGCGGAAGGACCGCGUCUUCGUCUGGGGCUUCUGCUACUCGGGUGCCCUGGGCGUCCCCAGCUUCGUGAGGCCGGACGCGGGCUGGAAGAAGCCGCGGCGGAUCCAACCCACGCCCUACCGGCUGGAGACGGCGGAGAAGAUAUCGUCUGCUGCCUGUGGUUAUGGAUUCACGCUGCUGUCCUCUAAGACCACGGACAUCACCAAAGUGUGGGGCAUGGGGUUGAACAAGGAUUCCCAGCUUGGAUUUCAGAGAAGCGUAAGAGAUCGAACUAAGGGCUAUGAAUAUGUCUUGGAACCAUCUCCAAUUCCAUUACCAUUGGAGAAGCCGCAGCAAACUCGAGUCUUGCAGGUGUCCUGUGGGAGAGCACAUUCCCUGAUCCUGACAGACAACGAGGGAGUUUUUACCAUGGGGAACAAUUCUUAUGGACAGUGUGGCCGGAAGGUUGUUGAAGAUGAAACCUACAGUGACAGUCAUCUAAUACAUCAGCUGAAUGAGUUUGACAGCAGAGUUGUCCAGGUUGUGUGUGGGCAGGACCACAGUCUGUUUAGAACCAAGAAGGGUACGCUCUACGCGUGCGGAUGGGGAGCUGAUGGGCAAACAGGUCUUGGACACUACAACAUCACCAGCGUUCCUACCAAGCUACAUGGUGACAUUGCUGGGGUAAACAUUAUCCAGGUCUCUUCCUAUGGAGACUGUUGUCUGGCUGUUUCAGAUGAAGGAGACAUCUUUGGUUGGGGAAAUUCAGAAUACUUGCAGUUGGCCUCUGUCACAGAAACAACACAGGUCAAUGUUCCCAGACAUUUGCCGUUCAAGAUUGGGAAGAUAAAGGAGGCUGCAUGUGGAGGGACUGGCAAUGUUGUGCUGACAGAAGAAGGAAAUGUUUUUGUCUGGGGAUAUGGAAUUCUUGGGAAAGGCCCAAGCAUAAUAGAGACAGCAGUGCCAGAGAUGAUCCCACCCAGCCUUUUUGGCUGGUCAGUCUUCAAUCCGGAUGUCCGUGUUGCUCAUGUUCGCUGUGGACUCAGCCAGUUUGCGGCACUUACAAACAGAGGAGAACUGUUUGUAUGGGGCAAGAAUCUAAGAGGGUGUCUGGGAAUUGGAAGAAUGGAAGACCAGUAUUUCCCAUGGAGGGUGACUGUACCCGGUGAGGUGGUGGAUGUUGCCUGUGGAGUUGAUCAUAUGGUAAGCAUGGUUAAGUCUUUCACCUAGUGAUAUUGCUGGGCCUCAGCGCUGUGUGAAGAUGAGGGGACUUGGCGACAAGCUUCUUGGAAAGGAAGACUUAUUCCGUGAAGCCAAGCAAGAAACGACUGUGAGCAGAGACAGCCAUAGCUGUGCCUGGGUGUGUUGCCAUCUCUGCACCACUGAAACACUCUGGCCUGGCUGCAGGAGCAAUGUACAUUCCCUGAGGAGAGUGGACAUGCAGGGAGUGCGCUGGCUGGUUCAUGAUGAGCUCCCACGUAGCCUGAGGCCCAGCCCACAGCUGGUGAGGCCCUCGUGUGUGUAAGGAUGAAAAGCAUCUUCCUCAGGGAAAACUGGCACAAGGUGAAAGCUGUAGCAAGGGACAUUCAUUGGAUGCUUUCCUGGGCACCAGCUCUGGGGUCAGCCAAACUGUCUCUCAAGGGAAAGGGUUUUUUAAUAACUAUUUCUUCUUAUGUGGAAGAGAAGUCAUGCUGGCUGUUGGCAGUGUCCGCCACCGGCUGCGCUCUGCUCGGGCUGCUCUUCCUUGCGGAAGCUGGAGGUGGCCAGGGGUUUGGAGGUAGUGGUGCGCUAGCAGGGGAAGGAGUGUUAGUGGGCAAGAGGCAGAGCCUUGUUUCUUGGUACUUUCUUAGCAGAGAAGUUGCGGUGAGUGCGUUUAGGACACAGUAGGCUGCUGGAGGUGGGGUGCAACAGCUGUGUGUACCUGUAGCAGGCACUUCCCAAAUCUCAUACUGAAGUGUGGGAAACUGCCUCCUGUGAAAUACUCCAAACAUCAGGCAGAGUUGUAUCAUUUUUUUUGUGUGGGGGAUACUUCUACUGUGUAAAUUAUUUUGGCAAAAAUCCAAGCUGUAAUGUUUUUAAUAAAGUGGUAAUGGAAAUA